AUAGUUCCAACGUUAGAACGAUGGGCGGGGCCUGGAGGUGUCAUUUAUUCAACUAUUGAGAUUUAGAGGUAUUGAAUGAAUGUUCUUGAGUCUCAUUGGGCAUGAUGGCAGAAGCCGGUGUGCUGCAAGAACCUGCACUUUUCACUAAAGUAACCGUUUAUUCCCUUGUCGCCUGUGCUGCACAGUUUGCUGUCGGAUAUGCUUUCGCGCUAAAAUGGGGGAACAAGUGUUCCACUGUUGAUCGGUGGGUCCUUGUUUGGUUGUUUUACGACGCAAUAGUUCAUUUCACGCUGGAGGGACCCUUUGUCUAUAUGUCACUCGUUGGAAAUGUUGCAACCUCUGACAAUCUGUUUGCAGAGCUGUGGAAGGAAUAUGGCAAGGCAGAUGAACGCUGGUUGUACUCAGACCCAACUAUAGUAUCUUUAGAGCUUCUGACUGUGAUUUUGGACGGCUCACUGGCCCUGCUUCUAGUCUACGCCAUCAUUAAGGACAAACACUACAGGCACUUUAUUCAGAUCACGCUAUGUGUGUGCGAGUUGUACGGGGGUUGGAUGACCUUCUGUCCAGACUGGCUAAUCGGAAGCCCUAACCUCAACACGAGCAACUGGCUGUACCUGUGGGUCUACCUGGUGUUCUUUAAUGGGAUCUGGGUGGUGGUACCUGGACUCCUCCUCUGGCAAUCAUGGAAAGAUUUAAGAAGAAUGCAUCGGUAUCCAAAGAAGGAUAGAUAGAAUUGGAAGUAGUCCGAUAUAAUUUAGGUAAUUACAAUUAGCCAUUCAAAGUGAAUUGACUUGGAUGUAGAGAUAGAAAGAGAGAUCUGUUGUACUGCAGUUGAUACAUUAUAUGCAUUUAUUCCAGACAUUGAGUAAUAGAGGAAAAGCUGUAAGGUGUUCCUUUGCAUAAUUGCGGUGGUGGAGAUAACUUGACACAAUGGAAGAUUACACCAAACCAAUGACUCAUAGCAACAUUUAUUUCCUUGUCCUAUUUACAUUCCUGUCAUAUAACACCAAACAAUGUAUCCCUUUUGUCAGAUAUCUUUUACACAGCUCUAGGAACCGUUUCCCUACUAAUAAAUCCAUACUAUCUCAUCCAGAAUGAUAGAAACCACAAGCUGAUCACAAUUGACUUUCAAAAGUUGUCAAUUCAUGUAUCAAAACACCCUGGUGCUGCUCUUAAUUAAUGUUACAUGCUUGCCUUUUGUUGCCAUUCCACUACAGUUCCAUGUGUAAAUAAUUAACAAAAAAUGAAUGAUUAAACGGCAUCCCGGUGUUUGCCUCUUGCUGAAUACAUUUUUUAUAACAUCAUUUAAAAAAGUUUCCACAUAACAAUUUAUGUAUCACAAGAUUCUCAAUGUCCGAAUACAUUUUUAGUUUUUUCCACUAUGUAUUUGGUACCUAACCAGAAUGUGCCAAAAUAAAGGCAGUGCAACAAAUAAUGGCAUGAUCUCUGGAUACUGUACUAUUUAUAUAUAUAUAUAUAUAUAUAUAUAUGUGUGUGUGUGUAUACUAUACAUAUACAUUUAUACAUAUACACUGCGUGCCCAGUUAUUAGACAAGUGAGUAUUCUGAUCUUAUCAUUAUUUCCAUGCACAUUUUCCAACUCCAAACCAUAUAAACUUGAAUGCUUAUUUGAUUCAAUCAUUUUCAGGUGGUAUGUAUUUGUGUAAUGAGGGAGGAUGUGGCG